AUGAAGAAAAAGUAUCAAGGUUCCACCAAGGUGAAGCGUGCACAGCUUCAAGCACUCCGGAGAGAUUUUGAAACUCUUCACAUGAAACCAGACGAUUCUGUUGAUGAAUACUUCUCAAAGACGAUGGCAAUUGCAAGUAAGAUGCGGCUUCAUGGUGACAAGAUGGAUGAUGUCACAAUCAUUGAAAAAAUUAUGCAUUCAAUGUCACCAAAGUUUAACUAUGUUGUUUGUGCAAUUGAGGAAGCAAACGACAUUGAAACAAUAAAUUUAAAAGUCAUGACACUUCAAAAGAAGAGAGCUUUAAAAGUCUCCACCAGCAACUACUCAUCAUCAUCAUGGAGAGGUUCCGGACGUGGUCAAGGUAGAGGCGAAGGUGCUCAUGAUUCCGGCGGCAGAAAUCAUGAUUCCAGCAAUAGAGGAAAUCACUAUUCCAGCAAUAGAGGAAAUUAUGAUUCCAGCAACAGAGGAAAUUAUGAUUCCAGCAACAGAGGCAAAGAUCGAUACAGACACCAAAGUUAUCAUGAGUCACAGCUCGACAAAUCAAAUAUUGAGUGCUAUAGGUGUGGUAGAUAUGGUCACUACUGUUCUGAAUGCCGCACUAACAUGAAUAGAGAAAGGGGAGAAAAAUCCAAUUUUACAGAGAAAGAAGAGGCUACACUUUUGCUGGUGUGUCAAGCCGUGGAGAACACUCAUCAGGAUGUAUGGUACAUUGACACAGGAUGCAGUAACCAUAUGAGCGGUAACAAGUCAUCAUUCUCUUACUUAGAUGAGUCUUUUCGAUCUACUGUUCGUUUUUGUGAUAAUUCUGUAAUUUCUGUUAUGGGUGUUGAUGCUCAAAAUGGUUAG